AUGACCCCCUGUGACAGGGCCAUGAGGAUGCCCUCUUGCCGGCCAGCUGCCCUGGCAGAGCGAGCCACGAACGACCUGGACCGCGUGCUGAGGCCGGAGCUGGGCAGUGAGGGCUUCUUCUACCGGCACGGCCACCGCGAGCUGCUCGCCCACCAGCUCCUCUCCCAGCUGGCUGACAGCACCACCACGAAGGACGCCUACCGCCAGCCUUGGAGGACCGCGCUGCCGGCCCGAGGGCAGCGGGAAGCCAUGCUGGAGUUCAUGCUCUACCAGAAAUACAGGAAGGAGAUGCUGGAGGAGAUCUGUCCGCCACCUGGUCCCAUGGAGUUGGUCUCCACCACGCACCGGGACUACUGCGCUGAGGGCUUCCAGCCCAUGCCGCUUCCCGCCACCCAGCCCCACGACUGCUACACGGAGCAGCCCUGCACCUACUGGCUGGAGCAAGCCCACGGCGUGCCCGGCGUCACCAGCAUCUGCACCACAGACACCCCUUUCCGGAGGAACGCGGCCUUCUCCACCCCCGUCACGGAGCAGCGGGGCCAGCCCCUGCCCUGAUGCCCAGCCUCUGGCCCAGUCAAGCAAUAAAGAGCAGGAGGCA